AUGGCUUUACCAGCACUUCUCUCCAACUCAGACACUUCCAGCGUGCGUACCCUCUCACUCGCACUUCUGGGCCUCCUCAUCAGCAGCAUCGGAUAUCUCCUACACGUCAAGUUUCGUCCUGGUCUGCGAAGGAUUCCCGGACCAUGGCUGGCCUCCAUUUCCUCUCUCGAUCGACUACGAUCCGCUGCCAGUGGUCAGCAGAUGAAUUAUCAUCUGAAACUUCAUGAGCAAUAUGGACCGUUAGUGCGCAUCGGGCCAAAUCAUGUCUCCUUCGCAUAUGCAGAUUUGAUACCGGAUGUGUACGGCGUUGGGACCAAGUUUCGAAAGUCGGACUUCUACACACUGUUCGACACCCCGACUACGACUGGGGUGGCGCCAAAUGUGUUCUCCGUUCGAGAUGAAGUAGCGCAUCGCGACAUGCGGCGGCCGGCUGCCAAUGCAUAUUCGAUGAGCUCAUUGAGAGAACUGGAGCCGAUGAACGACGCUUGUUCCGCAGUGAUCGUGGAGAAGUUCAACAAGUACGUGGACAAGGAGAUCGAUUUGGGAACUUGGCUGCAGUGGUAUGCCUUCGACGUCGUGACCUCAAUCACCUUCUCCAACACACUCGGAAUGCUCGAGCAGGAACGCGAUGUGGACAAUGUCAUCGAAGCCAUCGAAGCUGGGCUCGCCUACAACAGCGUGAUCGGACAGGUGCCAUGGCUUCACAAGCUGCUCUUCGGCAAUCCCAUGGUCGUGAAAGUCGCGAAUUUGGUUCCUUCGAUCCGGAAGAUGAGCAAUAGCUUUGAACUGAUGAGUGCUUUCCUCAAGAGACAAGUGAAACGCUACGAGAACGAGGAGUUCAACACGAUCCCUUUGCAGGACAUGCUUAGUCGUUUCAAGCGCGUCAAAGAUGGAAAGCUGCUGAUGAGUGACGACUUGGUCCUCAGUCACACCGGGAGUAACAUUUUCGCCGGCUCCGACACGACUGCGAUAUCCCUGCGCUCCGUAUUUUACAACCUGUGCCGGAACAAGCAAGCCCACGACAAGCUGCUCGCCGAGAUCGAUGAAGCAGAUAGAAACGGCCUGUUAUCCAACCCCGUGUCGUUCGCCGAAGCACAACGUCUACCGUACUUCCAAGCCGUUAUGAAGGAAGCCUUGCGCCUACAUCCUGCAGUCGGACAACUAUUGGAGCGACGGGUGCCCAAAGGCGGAGCGGACAUCGGUGGCGCGUGGUUACCAGAGGGGACAAUCGUCGGCAUGAACCCAUGGGUCAGCGCAAGGGACGGGUCGGUGUAUGGGCUUGACCAUGACGAUUUUCGUCCCGAAAGAUGGCUGGAGGCAAGCGAAACACAGCUGCGACUGAUGGAUCGCAAUGACCUCUCCUUCGGUGCAGGGGCUAGGACUUGUCUGGGUAAGAAUAUCUCAAUACUUGAGAUGUCAAAACUCAUCCCUGAGCUGUAUCGGCACUUCGACUUCGAAUUGACGGAUCCGACGAAAGAGUGGGAGCUGCACGAUUACUGGUUUGUCAAGCAGACCGGGUUGAUCUGCAAGGUGAAGCGCAGAGAGCGAUCUUGCUAG